GGAGAAUGUAAACACACCCGCUAUGUAAUGACACCCGAGUUUGGGUGAAAACUGGUUCGUUUUUAAGUGAGGUUAAAUGUAUCCAGGGCGAUUUCGAUGAAGCAGAAAGAUUACCACUGUGAGAAUGGCGGAGCGACAAAGACGGAGCUGGAGGAAGCGCGGGAGAGGGAGGCCACGGCCAGUCCCGCGUCAGGCUCGAGCAUGAUGACCAGCGCCGGUCGAGCGUCCAGCUCCAACGCCAGGCGAACGGCCGAGCCCCCCGUAAAGAGCAGGCCGCCCUUUCCCUGGUUCGGAUUGGACAUUGGGGGCACCCUGGUGAAACUGGUCUACUUUGAGCCAAAAGACAUCACAGCAGAGGAGGAGCAGGAAGAGGUUGAGAACCUUAAGAGCAUCCGCAAGUACUUGACAUCUAACGUGGCCUACGGCUCGACAGGAAUUCGCGAUGUUCAUCUGGAGCUGAAGGAGCUCACACUGUGUGGCCGCACUGGCAACCUACACUUCAUCCGCUUCCCUACACAGGACAUGCAUGCCUUUCUGCAGAUGGUGCGCCAGAAGCACUUCUCCAGCUUGCACACCACGUUGUGUGCCACUGGUGGUGGAGCCUACAAGUUUGAGCCUGACUUCCGCAUGAUGGCCAACCUGCAACUACUGAAGCUGGAUGAGUUGGACUGCCUUGUUCGGGGCAUCCUAUAUAUCGACUCGGUGAAGUCCAAUGGGCCCUCAGAGUGCUACUACUUUGAGAACCCAUCAGAUCCCGAGCAUUGUAUCCAGAAGCCGUACAGACUCGAGAACCCAUACCCACUUCUCUUGGUCAACAUUGGUUCUGGGGUCAGCAUUCUUGCUGUUUAUUCUGAAGACAACUACAGACGAGUCACAGGGACAAGCUUAGGUGGCGGGACCUUCCUGGGCCUCUGUUGCUUGUUGACGGGCUGCUCUACCUUCGAGGAAGCGUUGGACAUGGCCUCAAGAGGCGAGAGCACGCGAGUGGACAAGCUGGUGAGGGACAUCUACGGUGGAGACUAUGAAAGAUUUGGCCUCCCAGGCUGGGCUGUGGCCUCCAGCUUUGGUAACAUGAUGUGCAAAGCGAAGCAGGAGUCUGUCUCCAAGGAGGACCUAGCGAGGGCCACACUGGUCACCAUCACCAAUAACAUUGGGUCCAUUACAAGGAUGUGUGCACUGAAUGAGAAUAUUGAGAGGGUGGUGUUCGUGGGGAACUUCCUGCGAGUUAAUACCCUCUCUAUGAAACUCCUUGCCUAUGCCAUGGAAUACUGGUCCAAAGGUCAACUGAAAGCACUUUUCCUUCAGCACGAGGGCUAUUUUGGAGCAGUUGGGGCACUGCUGGAGCUGUUGAAUCCUUCCACAUAACUUGCCAUCGCAGUCAAGACUCACAGACCCAAGCAAGAGUUCAGACUGUUCUUUUCUUGUAUCGCCUUUUUUUAGAAUUUGUCAGUGCUUAAAGACACAAAAAUGUUGAAGAGGUGAAGCAGAGGGAAACAGGAACGGAAGUUUUUUUUGUGCACGAAUACUGCCUCGUCUUCUGUCAUUUGGGUUCCACCAUCUUUCAGUGGUCUGCUGUGAGUUUUUUUUUCUCUAAGUUCUUGCACAUGUGGAGCACGUCUUCCUCUCAGCGGCCAGUGUCAUUGCAGUAAUGCACUAGCUCUUCUGGACACCAACACAGCCAGGUUACGGAUUUUGAAAAUAAAAAUGUUUUCUAGCGUAUUUUUCGUAAAACUUUCUUCACUUAUAUAUUUUCUAAGGUUUCUGUUGGUAGUGGAGCAAAUGUGACUUGUUUACCGAGCGUUAUCAGUAAGAUGCACCUAAAGUGAAUAGGAGUGUGCGACAGCCUUAAUUUAACUCCCUUCCACAGUGUUUACAGCCACUGUCUGGUGCUGAUGAUCAUUAAUAAUGGGCAUUCAGUGAGAGUUUGUGGAGACUAAAUUUUUAUUUUUCAUUCAUUUUAAAUGAUAAUUUUAAUGUAGCUCAAAAUUAAUAAACCGUGAAAAGUCAUACUAGAUGUUUAUUAUACAGAUAUCUAAGGUUUGUAAUGGAACCUUUUCUGUAAAUAAAAUCAGAGACUCUACUAAACUGUUUUGAUUCUGAUUUAAGAGUGGCUUUGGCAUUAUGAACAAAAGAAAUUACGAACACAUUUCUGACCCCAAUUCUGUCGAUCAGUUGAGCGUGUAGCCAAUGUGUUCUUGCUUUGGUAUUGUUUGCACCUGCCACAUGGACUCAUUGAUGAUCCUUCAUCUGUCCCAUAGCAUGAUGAAUGUAAGCGCAAUAUUAAUGGUUAAUUGUGGUUCUCAUCAUCCUAGGAAGAAUUCACACAUUCACCGUGCAACAUACACCAAACAAUGAUAAUGAAACAAGUCCUCCAUUUGACUGAACACUCAACUAUUGUAAAUGACCUUUUUAGGGAAAAUAAAACCUCUGUUCUUCCGGUGCUGCUCGAUCUGUUCAGUUUUCCUUUUCAUUACUCCCAAGCUAUUUGGAAUGUUCUUG